GAGGUAUUGGGGUAGUGGUCAGAGAUGACUUGGGCACGGGUAUUGCCGCUAUUGCUAGGCCUUUUUUGCAUGCUCACUCAGCGAUUAAUAUGGAAGCUGAGGCGUGCAGAGCGGGUCUUCUGUUUGGUAUUCACCAAGGUUGGUCGGAUGUAGUUAUUGAGAGCGACUCUGCCCUUCUGAUUGCUGCACUCAAGAGUGAAGAGGAUAAUUUCUCGGAGCUACGUUGGGUUGCCUAUCACUCGAGCCUCUGUAGCGUGAUGCUACGCCCAUGUGGUCGCGCGUGUCAUAGAACCUUCAUCUCAGUCAACCAUCCGGUUCUUCCCACACCUCCCCGCCUCAACCUGCAAACGAACAAUCUUCUCGGCGAAGUAGGGGCCCUGGCCACGCGCGGCCAACUCAACGAAGCGCUCUCUGAUAGAGCCUGCUGCAUUUACACUUGCGGUCUAUCAUCACCUUAGCCCAUUUACUAGUAGAGUCCAGCCCAGCUGCUGAGAGUAGUUAGAUAUUUUAGCUCCCAUGUGGUCCUAAUCUGCCAGCUAUCUCUUUUGUCUGUUAGUUAUAAUAAUUCGGAUAUGUAUGGGAACCAAGCCAUUGUGGCAGUUAUGAAUGAAAUGAAUAUGUUUUGAA